GUCUCCGUAACCAAUGAUAAUUCUUCUUACUAAUUAAAUCUAGACGAAUAUUUCGUUAUGAACAAAGAAUUAAAUUCGUUUAAAUAUGAAUAAGUAAUGAACUUCAUGCAUUAUUUUUAUAAAUUGCAUGUAUUUGAUACCGUAUUUUACUACUUUAUUAUCAUUCAUUUUAUUUUAUGUCAAUAUAAUAUGAUUAAUGAAAACGUGCAAUAGAAUCGAUAAGUAUCGAACAGCUUUUAUCGAAUAUAGUUUAAAAGUUAUAUUACAUGUUGAAUUUGAGCAAGUAUUAUAGUUUUUAAAAAUGUAUAAAUUUUAUAUAUAAUAGUUGAACUAUUGUAGUGUACAAAAUUCUUUUAUUUAUUCUUGCAAGAAUGAAUAUUUAAUAAUGAUUUCUACAAGAAUAAACACAUUGCCGAUAAAGACUAUUUUAGGUUAUGUUAAUAAUAAUAAUAACCACUAUAAGUGGAAAAAGUUAAAAAUUUAUUCAUAUCAUUUUCGGACUUACUAUAGAAAUAACAAUGUAAAUGACAUAUUUUGUAGUAAAAUAAAAUUACAACAUGAAAGUUGUAUUCCCACAUUAUUAGAUAGAAAAUUUUGUACAAGAAGUGAACCAAAGGAAAAGGAUGUUUUUGGUGAUAUAGGAUAUAAUAAAUAUGAUAAAGUGGAAAUGGAUGAAGAAGAAGAAGAGGAAGAAAAAUUUCAAGAUAAUAUAGCUAGAAUACCACGUAGAUUAAAAUUAAGUAUUGGUCAAUAUGCUCAGAAAAUAAAGUCUCAUAUUGCAAAUGGAGAUUUAUCGUCUGCCCUAAAUGUACUCACAUUAGUGAGAGAAAAUCGAGAUAAACCUACCAAUUUCAUGUAUAAUCUUCUCAUACGUGCUUAUGCUUUACAAGGAGAUACAAAGCAAUGUUUUAGUCUUUACAACAAAAUGAAGAAAGAUCAGUUGAAGCCCACAGAUGCAACAUAUACUAGUUUAUUUAAUGCUUGUGCAGAAUCAAAUAAUAAAUCCUUAGCCUUAGAAAAAUUAAACCAAUUACGGUUUAAUUUAUAUGAAACAGGAUAUCUAUUAAAUGAAACACAUUAUAAUACAUUAGUGAAGGUUUAUAGUCGGCAUAAAUGUAUUAUUGAAGCUUUUGAAGUAGUAGAUGAAAUGAGAGAUAAACGAGUACCUAUAAAAGAAAUAACAUAUAAUUCUUUAUUAAAUGCAGCAAUAUCUGAUAAAGAAGCAGGAAUGAGGCAUGCUUUGAUCAUAUGGCAUCUUAUGAAAAAGUAUAGAAUAAAACCAAGUCUAAUUACAUACAAUUUAUUAUUUAGAGCUAUGAGAGAUACAAAGUUUGGUAAUUACAAAAUUAAUGACGUACUAAUGCCAGAAUUAAUAAAUACAAAAUUAAAUAUUUCUGAAGGAACCAGACCAAAUUUGCUAAGUAGACCUCCUGUUAUCAAUACAUUACCCAUACCUAUAGUAAUAAAAAAUAAAAAUGUAGAAUGUGUAUUAUCACCGGACACAUACUUAAAUGAUAUUUUUGAAAAUAAUCGUUUUAUCUUAUUUGGUGGCUUUGAAAACAUAAUACGAAUUAUGGAAGAAGAUAAUGUCACACCAAACGAAGUAACAGCUACUUUAUUACUGGAUUUAAUUCCAAAUACAGCGGAUGCUGAAAAUUCAUUUCUUCAAUAUAUAGAAAAUAAAAAAAUUACAUUAGAUAUUGACUUUUAUAACAUGCUUAUUAAAAGAAGGAGUCUAAGAAAGGAAUAUGGUUUGGCAAAAAAAAUCUUGGAAGAGAUUCAACGCAAACAUAUGAUUCCAAACGUAAUGACAUUUGGAGUUUUAGCAAUGGGAUGUUUUCGGAGUAAAGAAGCUUAUGAAUUAAUAGAAGGAUUGGAAAUUGCUGGAUAUGUUCCAAAUAUAGUCAUUCUUGGAACAUUUAUAUCUAAUGCAUGUCGUACGUUCAAUACCAACUAUGUAAUAGAAAUGAUACAUUACAUGAGGAUCAAUAGAAUUAAGCCGAAUGAAAAAAUUCUUACGUAUUUGAAUAAAUAUGAAGAAACAUUAACAAAAAUGCAUUUAUCCAAGAAAUAUAAAUUCAAGAAACAAAUGUCAGUGAAAAGGGAAUUAGACAACUUUAUAACAGAAUAUUCUGCAUGGAAAUAUCAAUCAAAUGAUGAAUGUGUAAUUAAAUAAAAUCAAAUUUUACAAAAUA